AUGAAUUACCUAUCAGUGAAUAUCAGAGGGGCGGGCAAUCAAUUGAAGGCGGUGCAUAUCAAAGAACUAAUCAAACAUAACAAUGUCAACUUCGUUGCAAUACAAGAGACCCAAUUCACAGAUUCAACAAAUCUUCAGGUGAACUCAUUCUGGGGUAAUUCUCUUUUCGAAUCAGAGGCAGUUGAUGCCUCUGGAAGGUUAGGGGGGUUACUUAAUAUUUGGGAUCCUUCUCUCUUUGUUCGUAAAUCAUCAGUUUCAAACAGGCACUAUUUGGCUACCUUGGGUGAACUUAGAAAUGGGGGUGGAGACAUUAACAUAGUAAACAUUUAUGCUCCUCAUGACACUAAUCUUAAAAGGGACCUGUGGUUGAAUCUGACUAACCUAAUGAAUUCGCACAGUGGGGCAUGGAUUUUCCUAGGUGAUUUUAACUGUGUAAGGGAACCCAGGGAGAGAAAAAAUUCUAAGUUUAAUCCGCAAGCGGCUGAAAGUUUCAAUCAUUUUAUCCGCACAAAUGGCCUAUCCGAGUAUACCAUGCUCGGGUGUUCGUAUACUCACAGAUCCGACGACGGCUCACGUCUAAGCAAAAUUGAUAGAAUGUUGGUAUGUCAAUCAUUCCUAUCCAAUUGGCCGUCAGCAAAAUUAACCGGUCUGCCUAGAUACAGGUCAGAUCAUCGCCCUCUACUCUUAAAGUGUGCCGAAGAUCUAUUCGGUACCCCUCCUUUUCGUUUCUUUAACUCAUGGCUGAAUGAAGGAAGUUUAAAGAGUAUUGUGCUUGAAUCGUACCGUGAGUUUCAACUACCGAAUCCGCCAGAUAAAUUGCUGAGUCUGAGGCUGAAAGCGGUUAAAUUGGCAAUUAAACCUUGGUGUAGGAAGUUAAAAAUCCGUGAUCGAGAAACAGUCUGUGACCUAUCAAAGAAAAUUGAAGCGCUUGACAUGAAAGCGGAAUCUUCGUCUCUUUCGGAGGAAGAGAUUCAAAAUAGAGAAUCAUGGUUGAAAACGGUGGCGGAACUUGAAGAAAACAACCUGGAGGAUUUAAAGCAAAGAGCUAAAGUUAAAUGGUUAAUCGAAGGUGAUGAGAAUUCUUCAUUUUUCCAUGGCAUGAUCAAAAGUCACCAGAAGAACAACAGGAUAAAUGGUCUCAAUUUUAAUAACGUAUGGAUCUCGCAACCCGACUCUCUAAAGCUGGAAAUCAAGAAGUAUUUUGAACAAUUGUUUAAGGAAGAAAACCACAGUAGGCCAGGUUUCACUAACAACGGUUUUAAGGUCUUAUCCUUAGACCAAUCAGCAAUGUUAGUGAAACGAUUCUCUAAAGAAGAAAUCAAGGAGGCAGUGUGGGAUUGUGGGGUGACAAGACUCCGGGUCCAGAUGGCUUUACAUUCAGCUUCAUUAGGCACUUCUGGGACAUCAUGGAGGCUGAUUUUGUUAACUUACUUGAUCAUUUUUAUGUUCACGGUAAAUUAA